GCAACCGAGACAGCUUACCUCUCUGGUGUGUCUUUGCUAAUAACCCUAAUUUCACGGGCGACCACUGAAUAGCUUCUGGACUCUAUAUAAAGGGAAGCUGAAACCAAGGACUCGCAGCCUCUUUGAUGAAGAAAAUAAAACAGAUGUAGAUAUAUUUAUUUUAAAAGACACAGAAAAUACCAGUGAGCUCUUUGAGAUUAUAUUCUUCUUAUGCACAUCCUUCAGGGUUUAAUAUGGUGAACGUUCCAAAAAAUCGAAGAACUCACUGCAAGAACUGUAACAAACAUACAGAACACAGAGUGUCCCAGUACAAACGGGGCAAAGCAAGGAAAGUCGCAGAUGGAACACGAAAUUACGACAGAAAGCAGAGUGGGUUCAAAGGCCAAACAAGACCUAAGUUGAGGAGAAAGGCGAAAACUACCAAGAAGGUCGUCCUGAAGCUAGAGUGCCGUGAGUGCAACGUGAAAAAACAGCUGUCUAUAAAAAGAUGCAAGCAGCUUCAGCUGGGCGGAGAUCGUAAAAGAAAGGGCGAGAUGCUUGUAUUUUAAUGGCUUUGCGACUACCAUCGGAAUACAUUUUUUAAUAGCUUGUGAUUGGUCUGAAAUAAAAAAAAAUGUUCAUAUAUUA